UUACUAAUUAGUGACCAUAAUUCAUCAAUCAAGAACAAGGGUGGAGCGAAAAACUCCGCAGAAACUCUGCCCUCCUAGGAAUGAGUUUUACAUGGGGCAAGGCAAUAUUCGUGAAUUGACUUCUGAACUUGUUAUAUAGCCUAUGUCAAUGGCCUCAAGUUAUUGAUGACACAAACCUGAGAAAUUAAAUUAAAAUGAAUAAUUGUAUGUUCUUAUCACUGCGGACAUAUGUCAAUGGUUUAGUGAAAUUGUGCUUUCAUGACAACUGAGAAGUCGGAAUAAAACGAGGUCAAAACAUGAUGUCAGUGAUCUUCAAGUCGGAACUUCUGAGCUCUAGAAAGAUGCGUGAGGUCCCGAAUUUGAAUUCCGAGUUGGAUCACCGUUCAAAAAGAUUUUUCCCAUUCGGAGCUCGUUUGUCACGAGAUCCCAGUUGUCGUGAAAGCACUGAAGUCGGAGAGUUCCGAGUUCACAGUUGAUGUGAACGCGACAAACGUCCAGACUUCAAUCAAUGACCUUCAGUCAGGAGCGCACUUUGGAACUGCAGGACUCUUGACUAACCAUGCAGACAAUUGAAGUUCUGAGACAGGCCCUCUCCAGCCUGGAUCCUACCCAGCAGCAGCAGCUCUUGGUGGCUGGGUCUUCGGUGGCCGUGCUGCUGACCUGUUAUUACUGGGUGUAUCAAGGGAGGAAGACCAAGCGCAUUCCAAUAGGGGAUGGGUGGUGGGGGGCAGGAGAGAAGCCUCAGUCAGAGGAUGAGAAGGUUUUCCCCUUUCAGGUCCAGACUUCUGAUGAAGAGAUACAGGACUUGUAUGACCGUAUUGACAGGACCCGGUACACUGAACCACUGAAGGACACAGGCUUCCAGUACGGCUUCAACUCUACCUACCUGAAGAAGGUGGUCUCCCACUGGAGGCAUCAAUUUAACUGGAAGAAGCAGAUUGCAAUACUCAACAAGUAUCCUCAAUUCAAAACCAAUAUCGAGGGAUUGGAUGUACACUUCAUCCAUGUGCGUCCACCUCACCGUGAGGGCCAGAGGGUGUUGCCUCUAAUGCUGGUGCAUGGCUGGCCUGGCUCUGUCUAUGAGUUCUAUAGGAUCCUGCCCUUACUCACUAACUCGCUGGACAGUCUGGCUUUCGAAGUCAUCUGCCCCUCCAUCCCAGGAUAUGGCUUCUCUGAGGCCCCUCAUAAGCAAGGGUUUGACACUCUGGCUGCAGCGAGGGUCUUCCACAAGCUGAUGGAGCGUCUGGGUUUCUCAGACUAUUAUCUGCAGGGAGGAGACUGGGGCGCAAUCAUCACUACUAACAUGGCCCAGAUGAAGCCAGAGUGUGUAAAGGGUCUCCACCUCAACAUGUUAACUAACAAAAUGAGGGGGUUCGGUGUCCUGUUUUCUAUCCUGAUUGGCCGCUACCUGCCAUGGCUGGUUGGGUUCACCCGGGAGGAUGUCAGGAGGUUGUUUGGUUCAGUAGGUUUCAUGGAAAGGAACUUCUAUGACAUCAUCAGAGAGACUGGCUACCUGCACAUCCAGGGCACCAAGCCAGACUCCGCUGGUUGUGGAGUGAAUGACUCUCCAGUAGGCCUGGCUGCUUACAUACUGGAGAAGUUCUCUACCUGGACUGACUUCAACAACAGGGACUUGGAAGAUGGGGGGCUGGAGAGGAAGUUCACCCUGGACGACCUGCUGACCAACAUCAUGAUCUACUGGACCACCGGCUCCAUCGUGUCCUCCAUGAGGUUCUACAAGGAGAACUUAAAGACCAAUAUUGACAACAGACUGGAUAAUCAUACGGGGGUGUAUGUUCCUACAGGCCUGGCUGCGUUCCCCGACGAGGUAAGGCACGUGCCCCAGUCUUGGGCCAGAAACAGGUUCAGGAACAUCUACUCCUACUCUUACAUGCCCCGAGGAGGCCACUUCGCUGCCUUCGAGGAGCCACAGCUCCUGGCUGACGACCUGCUGCAGUUUGUGAAGAAGGUGGAGAAGUUGUAGAGUUGAUGGAUACAAGAGGUCGACUCUCCACUCCUGCCAAGUGCCUGGAAGAAAAACCAGCAGAACGUGAUGACACUACAGCUUGGAAUUGUAGCUUUGUACUAAAAACAUUUUAAAUGGUAAACUAAGAUAAAAAAUUAGAAGCACUGUCUGAUUAUCAGGUAAAUACUUGGUCAAUCAGUGAUGUUAACACUGCAAUAUGAUCAUGCUCAGUGAUUGUGUUGGUGUAAUAUUAAGGCUAUACAGUCAACAUAAUGGACGUAUACUGUAAUAAUGAAAUGAUCAGCACUUCAAAACAGAUGUCUUCCAGAUUGCACAACAACUGUGUGAAAGCAGCCUCAAAUCACACAUGUCUGUUCUUCUCUUGUUGCAAUAAUGAAAUACUGCUAUAGCAUACUAUACUACUGCUGUACUGCUAUAGCAUACUAUACUACUGCUAUAGCAUACUAUACUACUGCUGUACUGCUAUAGCAUACUAUACUACUGCUAUAGCAUACUAUACUACUGCUGUAAUCUUGUCUAUUGUGAUGAUCCUGUAAGGCAGGGAUUUCAAACUCAUUCUUCAGAGGGCCAAGUGUCUGGGUUUUUCCUUUCAAUUAAGACCUAGAAAACCAGGUGAGAGGAGUUAUUUACUAAUUAGUGACCUUCAUUAAUCAAGGGAGAAGUGGAAGGAGUUUGACAGGUGCUGUAAUGUCUUCCUAUGUAGUGUCUAAUAUAGUUCAAUGGUAGUGUUCCAUUGAGCAUGGUUUUUAGUCUAGGUCUAGAUUAAGCCUAAUCUAUGUCCCAGAAACCAUGAUGAAUUUUCUGUGGACCCCAGGAAGACCAGCAGUCACUAAGGGGUCAGCUUAUGAGGAUCCAAAUAAACAAAUUAAAUUAA